CCUUCUCUGAAAUUUGACAUUCAGCCUUAUUUAUAUGGAAGGAGGGAAUCAAUUUUAACAUGAUUCCCGAAUUUUGCACCUCUUAUAUGUGCAAUGCGCCUCUUUCCCAGAAUUUCAACGGCUAGGUUCAGCUCAACAGCUUUUGCAGCUCGCAAACAAUGGUCGCCUUCGCCUCCAGGUCAUUUUGCCCGCUUAAAUUUAAAGAAUAGGCUGGAGUCCAAUUUGAAUCCCUCCCGCAAAAAUGGUGCUUCCAAUCGCAACCAAAACGGGCGCGUGGCAAACCAGACCUAUGGCAUAUUUCGAAAGUUAGCUCUCGACAGAUAUGACUUGAUGAUGAAUUCAUCACGGAGUUGGGCCGCCAAGCAUGAAGACUAUAGAGCUUUCGGGAUUAAUUCGAAGCUCGAUUUCGAGCGUGAGGCCAAAUUAUUCAGACUCUCCAUUGAAAAGUCUUACGACCUUGCUAGCGAAAAUAAUGCUGUCUCUAAUGCUGACAACCCUCUCUUCUGGGGCCUGCGCAAGGCAUUCGUUGAAAAAGAUAUCGGAGGGCUUACCGAUCAGCUAGCUUUCGCAUUUCAAAACUUUCUCAUGCGUUCUAGAUUCCCUAAAAACAUCGUCACCACCCAUAAGAAGAUUGCGGACUUCCGUUAUCCGCAUGAAUGGUUCCCCGCAACCAGGGCCUUGCAACGUACCAUCCACCUGCAUGUUGGUCCAACGAACUCGGGAAAGACGUAUAACGCCCUGAAGGCACUUGAAAAUUCCAAGUCUGGAAUCUAUGCAGGUCCGCUCCGCUUGUUAGCACACGAAGUUUAUUCUCGGUUCCUCGCUAAAGGCAAGAAAUGCGCUUUGGUCACUGGCGAAGAACAACGUAUCCCUGAAAAUGAGGACAACUAUUUUCGAAGUUGCACCGUCGAGAUGACACCCCUUAAUCACCAAGUGGACGUUGCGGUUAUAGACGAAAUCCAAAUGAUUGGGGAUAUCGAAAGGGGGUGGGCGUGGACACAAGCCUUCCUCGGUGUGCAGGCCAAGGAAGUCCACCUCUGUGGAGAGGAGCGCACCGUAAAGCUGAUCCAAUCUAUGUGCGCCACCAUUGGCGAUAAGUGCAUCGUCCAUCGAUAUAAAAGGCUUAGCCCACUAGAAACCAUGGGCACAAGUUUGAACGGCCAGUUCAAGUACCUUCAAAAAGGCGACGCCGUUGUCGCGUUUUCAAGAAUCGGUAUACACGCAUUAAAAAAGCAGAUAGAGGACGAGACGGGGCGCCGUUGCGCUAUGGUGUACGGAUCGCUGCCGCCCGAGACUCGUGCUCAACAAGCCGCACUCUUUAAUGACCCUGACAACGAUUACGAUUUUCUCGUCGCCAGUGAUGCUAUCGGUAUGGGCCUCAAUUUGGAAAUCAAGAGAGUCAUUUUCGAGCAAACGCAUAAACGUACCAAAGCUGGUUAUCGGCGGAUGACUACUUCUGAAAUAAAGCAAAUAGGAGGCAGGGCUGGUCGUUUUAGGACAGCACGCCAGGCGGCUGCACCCUCGGGUUUGAACGGGGAACAGACAACCAUACCACCAAAAGCCGGUCAACCAGGACUAGUAACAGCUUUGGACAAUUUUGACCUGGAUAUUGUAAAGGAGGCGUUUUCCACAGAGCCGGAGCCUAUCCGAACAGCCGGCAUACAACCUCCACCUGCAGUAAUUGAGCGAUUCUCAUCCUAUUUCCCUCCCAACACGCCCUUCAGCUACAUAUUAUCCCACCUACGCGACCUCGCUCAAGUCACCUCCAGAUUUCACCUUUGUGAUUUAGGAGAGAUAAUGGAGGUUGCCGAUAUAAUUCAGCCUUUUCCUAUGUCGGUCUAUGAUCGCUGUGUAUUUUUGAAUGCGCCAGUAGCGCUCCGAGAGAGAGCAGGAGCGCUUGUGGUACAAGCAUUUGCAAGAUGUGUCUCCGAGAUGGAGGGUGGCGAACUCAUCAAUAUUCCAGAGAUCGACCUAGAGCUUCUUGAUGUUGAAGAGGAAACUUAUCCCGACCGUGCCGAAUACCUACGACGACUAGAGUCCCUUCACAAAACGAUAACACUCUACCUAUGGCUAAGUUACCGUUAUUCCGGCGUGUUUCGCAGCCAGAGUCUUGCAUUCCACGUUAAAGAACUAGUAGAGGCGCGAAUCAAUGCUCAUCUAUCCCGGGUUAAAGUCAACGCUGCCGCGCAUAGAGCUAGGUUACAACAUAUUCGGGGACGUGUGUCGCGAGCCCAGGAUAACAAGAAGGCUAUACUUGGAGAGGAUAGUUCGGAUGGUGAUUCCCAACACGAACUGGUAGGCGAUUGGAAUGAGGAGGGACAUGGAGAACCUCUCUACAACGAACCCGAGGAACUAGAACAAAUCACCCGAUUGAGCCCCGAAUCUACUGACAGUAGCAAUCGCCGGAAGGCCCGGCACGCGUAAAUGGAUGAUAUUGUAUAUAAAUAGACGUGUAAAAACAUUGUA